AUGAUAUUCACGGCGGCUGUAUAUAUUCUUUUGCUGGUUUCCAACAAGGUGGCUGCACAUGGACUGAUAACUCAGAUCAAUGGCGCGAACGGUGUCGAAAUGCCAGGACUGACAGUUGUCGAUGGCGUACGCCGUGACUGUCCUUCUGCUGUGUGCGGUGGACAGAAAGAUACCGCUGUGAUCAGAGACCAGGAGCUGGGAAGUGUGAAAGCGUCGGCAUUGGGCCGCACUUUGAGCUCUGGACCGGUGGAUCCCAAACGAGUAAUCUCGAACUUCAUGAAGCCCAGUGCUCAGGCGAGGGCACACACCCGUCAUUUCCUGCAAGCUCGCCAAGUUCUUAACGAUGUGGCAAGUGUCGUCACCAAUGCUGGCGGCGCUAUCCUCAAUGGGGCCCAAGACAUUGCAGACAAAACACCUUUUGGUGGUGCUAUCAAAGGGGCGCAGUCAGCUGUUGACGACGUUGCCGGGGCUUUACCAGGGAAUAAGCCCGGCGCAACUACACCUAGCGGUACCGUGGAGAAUGGAUUCAAAGGAUCUACUGGUAAAGGGUUAAACAAAGGAUUGCCCUCUGCUUCGAACGACGGUGUCAUCACAAUGAUUUAUCAUCAGGUAAACCAAGAUGGAGCGGGCCCAUUAUCGGCAGAGAUCGAUGCAACGAGUGUGGGUACCGACCCUCGGGCAUUCAAAUCUGCUAAAGUCAUUCAAAACAUUCCGGGAGUUGAAGGGUUUUCAACCUCCAGUACCAUGGACUAUGAAGUAAAAAUACAGGUUCCCUCGGGAAUGAAGUGUGCUGGUAUCCUUAAUGGUGUCAAAGAUAUUUGCAUUGUGCGCGUCAGAAAUAAUGCUAUUUCAGGCCCUUUUGGAGGGUCAGCGGCUUUCACCAAUUGA